UCCCCUCCACUGACAGCAGUGGUUGUGUUUAUAACGUGAGGAGGGACGCGACGGGGAUGCUUCAGGUUAUCCACACUUACGACUGUAACACUUUCCAACGACUCAUUGACAUAUCUUCGUCUGCUUUUGGGGAAUGCGUAGGUUAUUAGCAGCGGCCAAGUGACGCAGAGAAGACUAGUGAGUGAUAUGCUCUGACAUCAUCCAAGUGAAUCCAAAACAACAACAAAGAGGAAACCAUCUCUGAUGUCAUCAGCGCUGGGUGCAGAGGGCGGGGCCAUGCAAAGAUGGGUGGGGCUUAUGCUGUGGCUCCUCCCACUCGCAUGGGUGCCGGCUGUGACCGCUGACCUCUAUGCCUCCGAGGUCAAACUGGUGACCCAGAUAGGCCCACGCCUCCAGCUCUCCCACGCAGUGCCCCAGUGAGACGUACGACGCCCUCUACCGGUCGACGCGGGACCUCCCAGACGAGGUGGUGAGCUUCGUGAGGCAGCACCAGCUCAUGUGGGAACCCGUCCUUCCUCUGGGGAACCGGCCCGUGCUCACGCUCUCCAGCGCCCCCUACUGCCUGAGGAAGGUGGUGGUGGACCGCGUGGAGACGGACGAGGGCCCGUUCGACGUGCUGCACCUGGGUACAGACGACGGCCGGCUGCUCAAGGCGGUGUCGGUGAUGAAGGACAGCAGGCACGUGGAGGAGAUCAUUCUGGAAGAACUCACCCUGUUCCAGACGCCCUCUCCCAUCCUCAGUAUGCAGAUGUCGAGCAAGAGGCGCCAGCUGUACGUCUCCAGCACCCAGGGCGUGGUUCAGCUGGGGGUCCACCGCUGCGGGCGCUACGGCCAGGACUGCCCCGCCUGCUGCCUGGCCCGAGACCCCUACUGCUCCUGGGACGGGCAGGCCUGCUCCCGCACCCUCCCCUCCAGCCGCAGGCGAUCCAGGAGGCAGGAUGUGAGGCACGGAGAUCCAUGGAGUCAGUGUCCCCAGUCAGACAACCAGGCGGACUCGGUGGAGACCAAGGUCCUGUACGGGGUGGAGGGGAACUCCACCUUCCUGGAGUGUGUGGCCAAGGCACCGCUGGGCGGUCUCCGCUGGACCGUCCGCAGCACGGACCCCCAGAGCAACAACCCCCAGACCACCCGACCGGCAGAGGGGGACAGACAGCUUCCCAGUGACGACUCCCGCUCCCACACCAUCAAGCGAGGGCUGCUGGUCCAACGCCUGGAGCUCGCCGACGGGGGGUUCUACACCUGCACCGCCCACGAGCACUCGUACAGCCAGGUGCUGGCCCGCUACCAGCUCCACGUCAUCCCCCAGCGCAGCCUGCUGUCCCCGGGGGGCCGGCUCUACCACCUCCCGGUGGCCCUGGGCCCCGUGGCUCCCCGCGGGGGCCCCCACCCCCACCCCCGGGGCAGCUGGCUGGCCCAGGGCUUGGCCCCGCAGGCGGCCUCGCCCCGGGGCUACAAGGACCUGCUGCUGGCCGGCUCCAACAGCCUGAGCCAGGACGAGUACUGCGAGCAGCUGUGGUACCGCGAGAAGCGGCGGCAGCAGAAGCUCCGCGCGCUGAAGCUGAAGCAGGAGAGCAGGAAGGCCCGUGUGAGGAGGAACUACGCCCCCGGUGGGCACCUCUAGGCCACGCCCCGCCAGGCCACGCCCCACCAGGCCACGCCCAUCUAGGCCCCGCCCACCGACGACCAUGGCCACCGCAUGGGGUAAACCGUAGCUAUAUUAGCUCAUUCAAACACAAUUAAGGUUAACUUAGUCUAAACUUAGCCUUCCUUCCACGGCUACAUUUAGCCUACUGUGAGAUAGCCGCAGCUAAGGUUAGCAUACUCCAAGCUAGCACCACCAGGUUAAGGCUAGCCUACUUUUAAAUAACAAAUCCAUGGUUACCGUAGCUAUAUUAGCUAAUUCAAGCACAAUUAAGAUUAACUUUCUGUAAACGUACCCUUCCAUGGCCACUGUGAGAUAGCUGUAGCUAAGACUAGCAUACUCCAAGCUAGCCUACUGUUAAAUAACAUAACAUAAUAACAUUAUCAAUAACAUUGAUGGCUUCCGUAUGCAUAUUAGUUAAUUCAAGCAUAAUUAAGGUUCACUUACUGUAAACGUACCUGUCCAUGGCUAGAUUUUGCCAAUAGCCGUAGCUAAGGUUAGCAUACGCCAAGCUAGCACUACCAGGCUAAGGUUAGCCUACCGUUAAAUAACACAUCCAUGGUUAAGAUUGGCCAACUUUAACCUCACAAUUCCAUUGGUGAGUUAACACUAAGAUACUGUAAUCUCACCCUACCGUAGCUGAGGCUAGCCUACUGCAGUCACAGCCUACUACCGAUACCCCUGAAUGUGAGCUGUUAGUGUCCCCAUCUUUGGAUACACAAGUUAAUUUAUACGCUGAUGAUACACUGUUAUUAAGUUAACUAUCAUCACACAGUCAUGAUAAACACCUUUAGUUUCAUACUCAAUUACAAUAAGUACAUCACUUUGUAACCACUUGCUGUUAUGAUUGUACAUGGAUUAACCUUUAAAGUUUAUUCAAACUCAAAUCGUUGGACAUUGGACUACAUGUUAAACCUCACAGUAAUCUAUAACAACCAGAACAUGAUGCAUUGUGUUCAGGGCUGCACUGUUAAUGUUGGGAUGGUCCAUUGGCUCCGUGACUGACUCUGAGGAGGGCUGGAUCAGACCAACUCCUGUAUUCAGGAUAUUUACCCGUAGUAUUCGGACGAAUGGACUUGUUUCUAUCAAAAAGGGAAGUCUUUUUUUUGUAUGUUUUUUGUUCUGCCGUGGACACGUUUGUUUGAUGUCAUAUCCAUCCUUACAUGUCAUUUUAUUGUCAGUAAUUUAAUUGUGUUCUCAAAAGCUGAAAACGUUAAGUUACCCACUGCCUUUAUGUCAAUGGUUGCUCAGUGAGAUCAUUCACAUAUACUACCGUUUAAAAGUUUGGGGUCACUUGGAAAUGUCCUUUUCUAACAUUAAAUAAGUCAGAAAUGCAGUCUAGACAUUGCUGACCCAUUUCCAGCAAUCAUCCCUCCUGUGUUCUAAUGGUACAUUGUUUAGCUAAUCAUCUUAAAAGGCUAAUUGAUGAUUAGAAAACCCUUGUGCAAUUAUGUUAGCACAGCUGAGAACUGUUCAAUAAAAGUGAGUUUUCAUGGAAAACAUGAAAUUGUCAGGGUGACCCCAAUCUUUUGAACGGUAGUAUACAUAACAUGUAUCAACAUGUAGCCAGAAAUAUGAGUUAUCUAAGAACGACUAUAUAAAGGCUACUUAUAUAAGAAAGGCUUCUGUGGAUACGUAGGCACAUACGUAUCCACAGCACUGAGGAGUUAGAAGCUGUGCCUUUAUAAAACACUCAGAAUACAAAAGCAACACACUUUAUCAUCAUCUAUCUUUGUAUACACAAGAUGCCUUAUAUAAGAGCAAGAAGAACAAGGACAUGCUUCUGUUUUCUAUGUAACAGGAUGUGUUUAACUCUUCACAUGAUGAAGUACACAGUCUGUUGAGCCUCUCUGUCUUUACUCAGAGGUCAGAGAGACCUGCGAGUGAAGACAUGCUAGUCACCGUUCACUAGUAAAACCGGUCUUGAAGCUGGGACAGAGCUAGUGAGAGAUGCGAUUGGAUCGUUCAGAAUUUGAUUGACUAAUGAGAGGACUUGCUUACUGUCACAGUAGAUUAGUAUCCAUCUGUGUUAUCAUUGGUUGAAUUUUCUGUUCCCUGCCACUCUGAAUCAAACUCUGCCUUCUAUCAACAUAAUGACAUCUUGAUCUAAGUUAAGUCAAACAAACCGCAUGCUUUGUAGAAGAGAGUGAGGGAAGAGAGAGUGUUUUUGCAUCAUGUUGUAUUUUAAACCAGUGGUUUUGGGCUCAAACAUAAAUGAUGUGCGACACAGGCCUGCAAGACUCCAGCCUGAACAAGGUCCGAGCACAAGUGCACACAGAACAAAAACCUUUUGCUUGACAAUGCAUCAUGUAUAGCUUAUUAACAUGUACUGUAUUACUUAUAACGGAUAGUCACGUUAGUGUAUAUUAAAGAACUCUAUUUUUGAUAGGUUUUCCUUUCCAUAAUUGUUGCUAGUGUAACUAUGUUGUGUGAAAUAGCAUUUUGGAUGUCUUGAUAUAAACUUGAGUACUUAUAUCUGUUUUGAAACAUAUUGACACUAGCUUGUUAUUUAACGACGCAACAAUCUCAUAGUUUGUGUGAAGUUCUGGUUAUCACGGUAUUGGUGAGUCGGCGGUAUAAUCUACAACUUAAAUAAAAAGAAGAAAGAAUAAAAAGAA